CGGUGUUUUAUCAGUCAGUUUGGCUAUUGAUGUAAGCUGAUGAGCAAGGCAUUAAACAGAAUGGAUCCAGUUUUAUUUCUUCUUUUCCUGAUUGUCGCUGGGGCAUUAUUUACUUUCACUUGGCCUUGGUUCCAGUCACCUGAUCCAACAGUCUGUAAAGAAACCAAAAGAAAUAGCGACACUAGAUUGGAUGCAGUACAAACAGAGCAAGGAAACGAAUUGGGUAAAAAACGACGGCAUUUAAAAGAUAAAGUAACAAUUGAGCGAAAACAGCAGAAGGACGAAGUGAUUGAGGAUCAUGAAAGGGAAAACAACGAGCUUUCGGAUAAAAUACGUGGUCAAGAGGAAGAAAUCGAAAGAACAAAGCAAACACAGCAGAAGGAAAAGGAAAUUGAGGAACAUAAAGGGGAAAAACAUGUACUUUUGAAAAAAAUACGUGGUAAAGAUGAAGAAAUUAAAAAAUCAAGGGAACUGGAAACAGACCUGAAGAAGAGAAUUGAGGACCUCGAGAAACAAUGUAUUGAACUGAAAAAUAGUGGCGCUGGACAAGAAAAAGCUCUAAGAGAAAAGGAAAGAGAAUUGAUUGAAACACGACGGCAGUUAGAAGAAAUGCAAGCAGAAAUUAAGUCAAAAGAUGAAUCUUUGAAGAACUUCGAGGAGGAAUUAAGACAGAAAAGGAGCGCAAUAUCACAACUUGAGCUGGAAAAGUUCCACCUUGCAAAAGAGUUUAAGCAGCAUGAACAAAUGCAUUUAAGGGAAGUGGAAGCAAGCCAAGAACGAAUGGAUGCAUUUGCUCGCGAUGCAAUAGACGAGUCCAAGAAACACAUUCUAAGAUACAACAGGCAAAAGGAAGAAUUCCUAGAGCGAAUGGAUUGAUAUGAACGGCAAGAGGAAACCAUUCAGCACUUGAUGGAUGGCAACUCUAGGAAGGAGGAAACCAUUCAGCACUUGAUGGAUGAAAAGUCUAG